AUGACACAAAGUUUUGUACAAAGAAAUAAAAUGAAAAUGGAUCGCAACACAUACAUUUAUUUUAUGCAAAUUUUAUUUGUGGGUAGCAUCACAUUAGCAUCACGGAGCUUGGACUUACAUAAUAAGCAAACUUUGGCGAUAAAUAUAGCCCGGUUUGUGCUGUAUGUCUUAAGUGUUCGAGGAUUCAGUGAAGCGUGUGUAGUGUUAUAUCACUGCGCUCGUCACCAGCAGCUCCCUGAUGUACAGGUCCUGCAGAGGGUACAGCUACACCGGCACCAUGUCAUGAUGUUUCUGGGGGCUAUCACAGUCCUGCUGACACAUGAACAGGCAAUCCUCGAUGACAGAUUAAUUUUUAUUUUAAUCGCGACCUUGAUUGCUAAAUAUCCGGAGAUUGAUAGAAAAUUAGAUAAGAAAAAGACAGUUAACUAUGGUGUAGGCAUGGCUUGCAGCUACUUCGAGGGCUACCUCGUCCAUGUGUUACCUUCAGACGGCGCCAAGUUCUUCGGGUUUCUGGAGAAUAUCAAGAUAUAUGAGAACAGAGAAGGAGUCGUGUUUCCUGUGAAGAAGCUAUUCGUGGUGGUCACCAAGUCGCUGUUCAGUCCUCCGGCGCUGGUGGAGUUCAACAAGACUGGCAGAGACGACCUGCCCAAACUAGAAGCUUGUAGUUCUUUAACUGAGAUAGAGAAGGACGUGGCCGGUGUUAAGAACCGCAUAUACAGGAGCACAGCGUACAAGAUCUACCGGCCUAAUGCGCCGCCUGUCUGUAUCUGCACCGAGGGGGGUACGCCUCUGAACACCUUAUACAGGGUCCUGAAGAACAGCGAGCUCGCUGAAGAACUGGCGGGUAUCAACCGCGAGGAAAUAGUGCUCGACUUCUUGACCACACUGCGUAAACUGAUUGCCAAGAGCCCAGAAUGCAGGGGCAAGUGUGAACUUGUAUAUUUUGACGAUUCUAACAGAGACCUGAACUUAGCUGAUGUAUUAUUAGAUAGGGUCCGAGAGCAGGAACCGAACUUCGAAGAAAUUAUUGCUAGAAGGAGGGAGUCAUUAUUAUAA